UGACAUAUUUGUGUCAAUUAGUGCAUGGAAGAGGACAGACCGGUCAGCAACCUUCCGUAUGAUGAGAGCGUUGAUGUGAGCGAUGCAGAGGAUGUUCCUACAGCAUUAUCAAUAACUCCACGAGCUCAGCCCAUGCAGCAGAACCUCUCUAAUUGCUCUGAUGAAGAGGAGGAAGAUGAGGAAGAGGAUGAUGACGACAUCCAGACCGGGUACAGUUUAACUAAGAAUGAACAAGUGCCCAAGAAGCUGGUUGGAGGAAUGCAGAUAGAUGACGAAGAUGACAGUACAGAGGAGGAAGAGGAGGGAGAUGAGCAUGGGGCUCCUUUUGAGGGGGGAUACAAUCCUGCUGAGUUUGAGAGUUUACCUGUCUCAGCUGAUAUAAAGGAGUUGUUCCAAUAUAUCGGCAGAUAUACUCCACAACAGGUUGAGUUGGACCACAAACUGAAGCCCUUCAUACCAGACUUCAUCCCAGCUGUAGGAGAUAUAGAUGCGUUUAUCACAGUACCCCGCCCUGAUGCUGUUGUAGAUAAGCUAGGACUUGCUUGUAUUGACGAACCUUGUGCUAAACAGUCAGAUCCUACUGUUCUGGAUCUACAGAUACGUGCUAUCACCAAACAAACUCAUUUCAGAGCUAUGCAGGUGUCCAGUGUUGAACAAGCAGAGAAGAACCCGCGAGCUAUAGACAGUUGGAUAAACAACAUUUCUGAGCUACACAGACAAAAACCUCCCCCAAGUGUGCACUAUGCUAAAAACAUGCCUGAUAUCGAUGUCCUUAUGGAGGAGUGGCCGAGUGAGAUUGAAGAAUUGUUAUCUAAGAUCAACCUACCCAGUGCUGAUCUCGACUGCGAACUGAAAGACUACGUUGAUAUUAUCUGUAAUAUCCUGGAUAUUCCCACACAAACAAACAGAAUUCAUUCCCUGCACCUCCUCUUCACCCUCUAUUACGAAUUCAAAAACUCUCAGCAUUUCCAGAAAAUGGCUGAAAAUAACGAGAACUUAGAGAACCAAAAUGGAUGAAAAUCGACGAUUCUUUUCAUAAUGUGGCCAAAGUAAACUGACAAAGUAAACUGGCCCAUAAUAUCCCUAAAAUAACAACCAUUUCUCAUUUCUCAAGUUUCUACAAGUAUUUCAAAUGCGGAUUACUAAGAUGCCAGUUUAAUUUGGCAACAUUAUUAUAGCUGUACAAGAUGUGAGAAGAAAAUGUUUUAAGAUGUAUUGUGAAUAAGUAAUAUUACUGAAUAUAUUUGACGUUAAUAUAUUUAAAUUUUAGAAAAUGUGGGUGUCAC